GCCAGCAAAAAAGUAUUCCAUUCAUUGAAGCGACGAAAAGCAGCCGAAAAGAUUGUGUAAUAAAUCCGGAACAUGGUUCUUGUGCAUUUUAUUACGAAAGUAUAAACGAAUGAACCGGAUCUGCUAGUUGGAAGAGUGUUGAAAAUAGUGCAGAAAUGGCAUACCGCUUGCUAACAACGGCCCGAAAGCUAGAAUCUACUCUAGCUGGCUUCAGUCGACAACAUCGCACCGUCAACUCGACCGACUGCGACCAGUUAAUUCGUAGCUUAAGCUACCUGCAAUCAAGUAAAAAUAAAGUAUGGAACGAAUUCCUGCAUCGGAUUCAGCUUUUUUGCGAAAAACCACCGAAGGGAUUCGAAAAGUACUACAAACCAGGCAGUGCCAAUAAAGGAGCCGCCGGAGAAGAACAAGAAGCUAAAGCUGUCAAGGAGGCCAAGCCGGCAUCUUCAACACCAAAGGAUACAUCAGGCCAGCAGCAGCCACCGAAAAAUGAUUGGAACCUGGGAAUGUUUGGACCUCAGCCAUCCAGGGGCAAAGGAAGCGGAUCGAGCAGCAGUGGCGGAAGCGGUCGUCCUAUCGGAGGUGAGGGUGGAGAAAAGGAGAAAAUGCUGGUCUUUGGAGCACUAGCCGGCGUUGCCCUUAUUUCCGCAAUCGCUUACUUCGAGAUGGGCUACAAAGAGAUUGCCUGGAAGGAAUUUGUCAAUAAUUAUUUAGCUCGUGGAAUCGUGGAUAAACUGGAAGUGGUCAACAAGAAAUGGGUUCGAGUUCGAUUAACGGCAGGAAACAGCUCCGAUUCAGCGGGUACGCUUUGGUUCAACAUUGGCAGCGUGGAUUCUUUUGAACGAAAUCUGGAGAAUGCACAGACCGAUAUGAAUAUAGAACCGGUGAACUUUGUCCCAGUCAUUUACCGUAGCGAAAUCGAAGCUGCCAGUCUUACCGGACUCUUGCCAACGUUGUUGAUCAUUGGUUUCCUAAUCUACAUGAUGCGACGCUCAUCGGAAAUGAUGGGUGGUAGAGGGGGUCGCAAAGGAGGUGGCCUUUUUGGUGGUGUUAUGCAAUCUACUGCCAAAUUGAUCAAUGCAAAUGAAAUCACCGUUGGAUUCAAGGACGUCGCUGGUUGCGAGGAAGCCAAAAUUGAAAUCAUGGAAUUCGUCAACUUCUUGAAGAAUCCUCAACAAUACAUCAACUUGGGUGCUAAGAUUCCCAAGGGCGCCAUGUUGACCGGUCCCCCCGGCACUGGUAAGACCCUACUAGCCAAGGCAACGGCUGGUGAAGCAAAUGUGCCCUUCAUAACCGUAUCGGGUUCGGAAUUCUUGGAAAUGUUCGUCGGUGUUGGUCCAUCUCGUGUGCGUGAUAUGUUUGCAAUGGCUCGAAAGCAUGCUCCUUGUAUUCUGUUCAUCGACGAAAUCGAUGCAGUUGGUCGAAAGCGUGGCGGAAAGAGUUUCGGUGGUCACUCAGAACAAGAAAAUACUUUGAACCAACUGCUUGUCGAAAUGGAUGGGUUCAACACGACUACUAACGUUGUAGUUUUAGCCGCUACCAACCGAGUCGACAUCCUAGAUAAGGCACUUCUGCGUCCAGGUCGUUUCGAUAGACAGAUUUUUGUCCCCGCUCCAGACAUCAAGGGUCGUGCCAGUAUUUUCAAAGUGCAUUUGGGUCCAUUGAAGACUGAUGUGGACAAAGCAGUUCUAGCGAGGAAAAUGGCAGCUCUGACCCCCGGCUUUACGGGUGCCGAUAUUGCUAACGUUUGUAAUGAAGCUGCUCUGAUCGCCGCCCGUGAUCUGAACGAAUCGAUCAUCUUGAAGCACUUUGAACAAGCAAUAGAGCGUGUAAUCGCUGGUAUGGAAAAGAAAACUAAUGUCCUGUCGCCGGAUGAAAAGCGCACUGUUGCUUAUCAUGAAGCUGGUCACGCCGUGUCCGGUUGGUUCUUAGAGCAUUCAGAUCCUCUACUAAAAGUUUCAAUUAUUCCACGAGGAAAGGGUCUUGGUUAUGCGCAGUACUUACCCAAGGAUCAGUAUCUGUUGACCACCGAUCAGCUGUUCGAUCGCAUGUGUAUGACACUUGGUGGCCGCGUAUCGGAGGAAAUUUUCUUCGGAAGAAUUACAACUGGAGCUCAGGAUGACCUGAAGAAAAUCACCGACAGCGCUUACGCCCAGAUAACUCGCUUCGGUAUGAACAAGAAGGUUGGUCAGGUCAGCUUUGAUAGCUCUCAAUCCGGCGAUCCUAUGUUCGCUAAGCCCUAUUCAGAACAAACGGCUCAGUUGAUAGAUGAAGAGGUAAGAGUGUUGAUCGAUACAGCAUACAAACGAACAACGGAUCUGCUCAUCCAACAUAAAUCCAAUGUGGAAAAAGUUGCCGAACGGCUGUUGAAGAACGAAAUCCUAAGCAGGGAUGACAUGAUUGAACUGCUCGGAAAGAGACCUUUCCCGGAGAAAUCCACGUACGAAGAUUUUGUAGAAGGAACGGGGUCAUUCGAGGAAGAUACCACACUACCGCAGGGAUUGGCAAGCUGGAACAAGGAAAAAGUGCCCGUAGAGGAAGCAGAUUCGAGCAGUAAAAAGCCAACGGAAGCGACAAAAACGUAGGGGAAU